GUGCACUAAAAUUAAAAGAAAACUAAAGAAAAAAAUAAUAAUAUCGAGAAGGAAUUGAAGUAUAGGUAUUCAGUAAUAUUUAUUAAAUAAUGUUGAAUGAAAACAAGUUAGUAAUUAGAAAAAAAAAACAUAAUAGAACCAAAAAAAAAAAUCAAUAUAAUGUAAAACCUAUUUAGAAGCAGUUCGAUCAAGAGGCCAACACAUCUGAAAAAAUUGGAUAAAUGUAUAGUUUAGGUCCCCAACUAAGGAGGCCUCAAAAUUGAAAAUUUUUUUUAAAUCGUCUUAUAUUUACGCGUAGAUUACAAAUCCGUGAGCGGAAAGUGAAUUUUUUGAAUAUUUCUAUUUUUUUUUUUAAUUUUUUCAAAAAAAAAAUUCAAAAUUUUUUUUUAAUUUUUUCAAAAAAAAAAAAAUUAAAAGAAAAAACGUUUUAUUCUUCUUUUUUUUUUUAAAUAUGCAUUAAAAAUAAAAAAUUGUGAUAAAUUUAAAUUAAUUGUUUAAUAUUUUUCUUUGAAAAAAUCACAUAUUGUUCAAGUUUUUUGGUGUAUUUACUUCUCUUCAUAAACGUUUCUGAAAAUUUUUAUUAAAAUAUCAAUGUUAGUGCACUUUUAUUGUGAUAUUAUCAUCGAGGUUGAGAGCAGUGAAAAGGAGUUUGACGCGAUUGAAUUAUGAACACCCCGGUUUUGGACCGACCAGGGUUAUUUUUUUGGAGCGCGGCCGAAGGCCGCCAAUACAGAAAGGAAUUUAACGAUCUCCGAUAUUCAUCCAUACCAUCAGAUCGCGGUGCAAAGGAAAUUGUGACUGUUACAUUUCUUCAGUAUAUUUUUUUCAUAAUAAAAUGUUUAACACGCUGAACUGGUAAUUACAGCUAAGUGAUCUGAAUUCUACAGAAUUUUGCUGCUACAACAACAACAACUAAUACGAGAUAAUUUUCAAGCAACUUCUGGUAUGCCACAGAAUCUAACUUGCCCGUUAUCUGCACAAUAGGACCAAUACCAUGCUUCGUUAAACAAGUAAAGUUCAUAACAUGUCUGGAAAUCUUAAACUAUUGAAUGAAGGCGUGGGCGACAGUGACCCGGAACUUUACGCCAUUAUAAAGGCAGAAAAGAAACGUCAAACUGUUGGUUUAGAAAUGAUUGCCAGUGAGAAUUUUACAUCCGUAUCUGUUUUGGAAUGCUUGAGUUCUUGCCUGCACAAUAAGUACUCCGAAGGCAUGCCUGGCAAGCGGUACUAUGGUGGCAAUGAAUUUAUUGAUGAAGUGGAACGACUUGCUCAAAAGCGUGCACUUGAAGCAUUUCGUCUCAAUCCAGAGGAAUGGGGCGUCAAUGUUCAGCCUUAUUCUGGUUCGCCAGCUAACUUUGCCGUGUACACUGCGCUCUGUCAACCCCACGAUCGUAUAAUGGGUCUUGAUUUGCCAGAUGGUGGCCAUUUAACACACGGUUUCAUGACGGCUAAUAAACGUAUUUCAGCAACAUCAAUAUAUUUUGAGAGUAUGCCAUAUAAAGUGGACGCACAAACGGGUCUUAUCGAUUACGAUCAAUUGGAGGCGAAUGCCAAACUCUUCAGACCUCGCGUUAUUAUAGCUGGUGUUUCUUGUUACUCACGUUGUCUUGACUAUGCCCGCUUCCGUAAAAUCUGUGAUCAAAAUGAUUCAUAUCUCUUUGCCGAUAUGGCACAUAUUGCUGGUUUAGUGGCAGCUGGUUUAAUACCCUCACCAUUUGAAUAUGCGGAUGUGGUGAGCACUACAACACACAAAACGUUGCGUGGUCCGCGUGCUGGUGUCAUUUUCUAUCGCAAGGGCGUACGCAAAGUUCUGCCAAAUGGUGAUAAAGUGACAUAUGAUUUAGAAGAUCGCAUUAAUGGAGCAGUGUUUCCAGGUCUACAAGGUGGACCACAUAAUAACACAAUUGCUGGAAUUGCCACCGCUUUUAAACAGGCGCAAACUAAAGAGUUUAUUGACUACCAGCGACAAGUGAUUAGCAAUGCCCGUCGUCUUUGUGAUGGUUUGAUACAGCGAGGCUACAAUGUUGCUACAGGUGGAACUGAUGUUCAUUUAGUACUACUCGACUUGCGUAAUGUUGGUUUGACUGGCGCCAAAGCCGAAUAUAUUUUGGAGGAAGUGAAUGUUGCAUGUAACAAAAACACAGUACCCGGUGAUAAAUCAGCGCUGAAUCCAUCUGGCAUACGUCUUGGCACACCAGCUUUAACUACACGUGGCUUGGUGGAGACAGAUAUUGAUGUCGUUGUGGAUUACAUAGAUCGCGCUUUAAAACUGUGUGUUGAAACAACUAAAAUGUCUGGCCCCAAAUUGGUGGAUUUCAAGCAAACCUUGAAGUCAAAUAAAGAAAUUGCAGAAAAACUGAGCAAACUGCGUAGCGGCGUUGAAGGGUUUAGUGCGAAAUUUCCACUACCAGGUCUUAAAGCUUAUUAAAUAAUAUUUCACAUGUAUAAUUAAAUUUGUGAAAUAAAAAUUUUAUUUUUAUAUAGUAUA